GACUGGGCGAUCAGGCUGUGCUGCGGACAACCCGCGCGAAGGCUGGGAAAAUGGCGGCCCCCUGGAGGUUAGGCUGUGACCCCCGUAUACUACGCUACCUCCUGGGUUUCAGCGGCCGCCGAAGCCCCGGGCCGCUUAAGGGCCCUGGGCUGCUGAAGGGGGCUGCCGCGUGCUUUGGCGGCCGAGUAGGUAGUUGGAGAUGGUUUCACGGCACACAGUGGAUGCAUGCUGAUCCUAUUCAGAUACUAAUGCCAUCACUGUCUCCUACAAUGGAGGAAGGGAACAUCGUGAAAUGGCUGAAAAAGGAAGGUGAAGCUGUGAGUGCUGGAGAUGCUUUAUGUGAAAUUGAAACUGACAAAGCUGUGGUAACCUUAGAUGCAGGUGAUGAUGGCAUCUUGGCCAAAAUAGUGGUCGAAGAAGGAGCUAAAAAUAUACGGCUAGGUGCACUAAUUGGUUUGAUGGUUGAAGAAGGAGAAGAUUGGAAACAUGUUGAAAUUCCCAAAGAUGUAGGUCCUCCAUCACCAGCUGCAAAACCAUCAGUGCCUCAUCCUCCAGCAGAGCCACUGGUUUCUGUCACUGUCCAAAAGGAACACAAACCAGGGAAACUUCAAGUCCGUUUAAGUCCAGCUGCACGUAAUAUUCUGGAUAAACACUCACUGGAUGCUAGCCAAGGCACGGCGACUGGCCCUCGGGGAGUAUUCACUAAAGAGGAUGCUCUCAAACUGGUAGAGUUGAAACAGAUGGGCAAGAUCACUGAACCCAGACUGACGCCAGCCCCUCCAGCCCCUCCCACAGCACCUUUGGCCACACCGGCCACAAUAGGGCCAUCCUAUCCCCGGCCAAUGGUCCCACCAGUAUCAACUCCUGGACAGCCUAAUGCAGUGGGCACAUUCUCCGAAAUCCCCGCUAGCAAUAUUCGAAGAGUUAUUGCCAAGAGGUUAACUGAAUCUAAAAGCACUGUACCUCAUGCAUAUGCUACUACUGACUGUGACGUUGGAGCUGUUUUAAAAGCAAGACAAGAUCUAGUCAAAGAUGACAUUAAAGUAUCAGUAAAUGAUUUUAUCAUCAAGGCAGCAGCAGUUACCCUUAAAAUGAAGAAACAGAAUCAUAAUAACUCACAACUAAUUAUAGCAGAAGAAACAACAAUUACUCAACAAAUACAAAUGCCGGAUGUCAAUGUAAGCUGGGAUGGAGAGGGCCCAAAGCAACUGCCGUUUAUUGACAUUUCAGUGGCUGUGGCAACAGAUAAAGGCUUAAUUACACCAAUCAUUAAAAAUGCUGCUGCUAAGGGUAUACAGGAAAUUGCUGACUCAGUAAAAGUUCUUUCAAAGAAAGCAAGAGAUGGAAAAUUGUUACCAGAAGAAUAUCAGGGAGGAUCCUUUAGUGUUUCCAACCUGGGGAUGUUUGGCAUCGAUGAAUUUAUUGCAGUGAUCAACCCACCUCAGGCCUGUAUUUUGGCUGUUGGGAGAUUCCGGCCUGUUCUGAAGCUCACUCAAGAUGAAGAAGGCAAUGCCAAACUGCAGCAGCACCAACUCAUAACAGUCACAAUGUCAAGUGACAGCCGAGUGGUAGACGAUGAACUGGCUACCAGGUUUCUUAAAAGUUUUAAAGCCAACCUAGAGAAUCCUAUCCGGCUUGCCUAGUCCUGAAAGAUAAGAAGUCGGUCUUUGGCUCAGCUAAUUGUAUAGGUGUUACCAAGAAACAUACACUAUAGAAAAGAAUUAGGAUAUUUAAGGGCAAAGUGGAUAAAAUGUUUAUUUAUUUAAAGUAAAAGUUUGACCUAAGUCGUCUUCAUUAUCAGUUUGGAUUUAAUGUGGUAGAAAUAAAUGAUAAACUAUAACUAAUGAAGGGAAGAGAACAUUUGGCUAGGCAGAUCUGUUAACUUCUGGUGCUGUACAAAAGGAGUGUUUAGUAGGUGUAAAUCAAAUUGUGUGUUUGGCUCGUUUGAGAGUUUUAGAAUAUUUAAGAUUAUAUGCUAAAUUGUGAAAUAAAGAAAUUGUUUGAAAUCUAACUUAAUUGUGUUAAAGUUAGAAGUGGUCUUCAAAGAGAUGACCGUUAAUCUAGCAGUGGGACCUCACUUUUACAAGCACUGCUCUAGAUGUACUUGAAUAAUUUAAUAUGUACAGAAGUUUGUUCUGGAUAAUAAUAAAUAAAUAAUAAGGAUCACAUCAAAUUAGGGGUUGUGACAACAUUAUUGAAUUUUUUAUGUACAUAAAAAACAUAAAGCCAUAUAUUUUAGAGUGGUUUCUUAUCAGUCUUAUUUUUCACUUCUAUAACACUGUGAACUUCUAAAGAGACAGAAUAAAGAAACAAAAAAGACAACCAAAAGAGUUGUGUUUGCUUGAAUGAAAAACUAUAGUUGAAAUAUCUAAACCUUCAGAUGUGAGCUCCUCACCUUCAUUCUGAAUUGGGAAUAUAUGUAAAUAAAUUGUGUUAUCUCCUAAAAAAACAUGUUAUGUCAGUGUUGAUUUAAAUACAAAAUGUUUCUUAAUGCAUUUUAUCCAAGUUUGUAUUGUACAAUAAAAUGAGAAAAUAUAAAAUAUCUUAUUGUCUCUUAAGUGCUAAGACAUAGAAGUUAUUAAAAAUUGAAGUAGAUCAGUAAUUGACCUGGAACAGUCUACAAGGGACUCUAUAGGAGGAAAACAAACAAAACCAAACCCAUUGCCAUUGAGGCAGUUCCAACUCAUAGGAUCCUAUAGGACAGAGUAACUCCCCCAUAGCGUUUCCACGAAGUGGCUAGUAGAUUAGAACUGCCAACCUUUUUGGGUUAGCAGCCAACCUCUUAACCACUGAGCUACCAGGGCUCUAGGAAUUUAAAUUCACAUGACAUUAGGGAAGUAACGUUUUAGAGAAUGAGCCGGAGAAGAUGACUCAUGAAGCAGAGCAGGUGAGACCUAUUCUUUUUAUUCAUUUGAUAAUGUAAAACUUUUACUAAUUAUUACAAAGGUUAAAACCAAAAAAACAAAUCAGUUGCCAUCAAGUCGAUUCUGACUCAUAGCAACCCUAUAAGACAGUAGAUCUGCUUCGUAAGGUUUCCAGGGAGCACUUGGCAGAUUCAAACUGCUGACCUUUUUUUGGUUAACAGCAGAACUCUUAACCACUGUGCCACCAGGGCUCCGUUCUAAAGGUUAGAAAGAGCUUAUUUCUCCUUUUUUUUUUUUUGCAACACUGCUACAACUAGCAAGAUAGAUGACAAAUUGAAUGUUAAUGAGUAGUAUAUAUAACUUAAGUUGGAUGUUAAUGAAUGGUAAUUUGGUUAACCAGUCACAUGGGGUCACUAUACGGACUCUAUGGCAGCUAACAACAGUAAACCAAACCGAACCCCCUCCAUCGAAUCCAUUCCGACUCAUAGUCAUAGCGACCCUAUAGGACAGAGUAGAACUGCCCCAUAGAGUUUCCAAGGAGCACCUGGUGGAUUUGAACUGCCGACCUCUUGGUUAGCAGCCAUAGCACUUAACCACUACACCACCAGGGUUUCCUAACAGCAGUAGUCACAGAAAAGCUGGAGUUAGUGUCUGCUGACAUCAAUCAGCAGAAGAAAGACUAUAUGGUACAAGGUGUGUGAUAUGACACAAUGUACUUAAUCCCUAACAAGAGCGCCUUCUAAAAUAGAGCCCCAGUAUGUCAAUUGUUACGUGGAUACUUAAUCCGAUUACUCAGGAUUAACAAACUUUAAAAAAAAAAAAAAAGUUUCUAGAACUUUUGUCAUAUUGCAGUUAUACUGAAAAUUAUAAAUGCUAUUUAGAAAAUAACUUUUACAUUGUUUUUGAGAUGAGUUUUAACUGAAAUAUUUGUUUUUUCUAAUUUUUACAUCUGACCUAAAUUUAUAUUCCACCUAAUUUUUUAAAAAAUUUCUUAGUUUAGGAAGUUAUCAGAGUAACAGCCAUAAAUAAGGCUUUGUUUGGAAUUCUCUUCUCCCAUAGACUGACUUGCAUGAACAGUACAUAGUCCAUUGGUUCCCCUGUAGUUGAAGUGGGAGUUAAUACCUGCCCCAGCCUGCCUUACAGAGUUGUGAACUUCACAGGAGAAAUGCUAUAUAAACUUAAGACAUUUUAAUUCCAUAUGGACGUCACAGCCAGGAUUUUCAUCUAGUGAACUUCUCAUGGUUUAACUUCUCCUGCAGCUUUUGGUACAGAUGCUUAUUCAUUCCAACUAAAAUAUUUCUCUAAUAAUUCUAUACUGACUAGGUUUAUAUAAAGAAAUUGUCGUUUCUAAAAGGAAUUCUUUUGCAGCAUGAUGACAAAGGUUAGCACUGAUUUGAGAAAGGAUCAUGGUAUCCAUUAUAAAGAAUGAACUGUGUGUUGCGUGAGCAGGCUCCUUUCUACAUCAUUCUACUAAUUUAUUUGUAGUACUGGAGCCUUGGUGGCACAGUGGUUAAGAGCGUGGCUGCUAACCUAAAGGUUGGCAGUUCACAUCCACCAGCUGCUUCUUGGAAACUCUGGCACAGUGAUGCUCUUUCCUAUAGGGUCGCUGUAAGUCAGGAUUGACUCGGCAGCAACGGGUUUGGUUUUUUUGGUUACUGAUAGGUAGCACACACUCAGUGGGUGUAAUAAUGAAAUGUUAUACCUGGUCAUCUUUUUUCUCAUUUAAACAGGAAUAUGAAUAAAAUAUUUGGAAGACUUCUAAGGAAAAGGCAGCACACAUUCCAGUUAACUUGUGGGGAAUAUAAAAACAUCAGUGAAUAUUAUACUUUAUAAGUCAAAAAAGCCCUGCUUUGUGGUUGCAACUUCUAGUUAAUAUUUACAAACACAGCUUGCUCACUAACCAUUUGUGCCAGAUUAAAAUAAUUAGUGUAUGCUGGCCAGACUCCUUUGUUUGAAACAGUAAUAAUAUAUUGAUAUAUACUACUAUAGGUGUUUUAUAUAGUGUCAAAUGGAACUUCAUUUUUAGAAUUUUUUUUUCAUUUUUGCAUUUUUUAUUUAAAUUGUAAAGGCCAGCCAUAUAUGCACAUUAUGCUAAAAGUAAACCUACUUUCCUAACCUUUUAUUGAAAGAUAGUGGUGCUAUGAAUUAAUAUACUGUAAAAAGAGUAUGGGAGAGAUAAAAAUGGCAUUUAAAUCUUAAAUCUCAAUUAAAUCUUAAAUUUCGAAUAAAAAUGUGUCCUCAUUAUACAUUGCAUCAUGAAGGACUUUGUCUUAGGUGAAGUGAAGAAAUGAAAGAACCAAGUGUGUUGCAGUUAAGAAUUAACCAUUAAUUUAAAUAUGACAUUAGUAGGAAACUUUUUGUUGACUUUUGAAGAAGGAUGUAACAGUACAGAACAAGAUUAGUCUGACCACAGGAGGCAAGGUAGAUCAAAACAGGAAGAGGACUAGAGUCAGGCAAGAACCCCUGGAAGCCUUUUCUGUAAUGAAAGCUGAGUUGAUGAGCAUCUGCACUAGGUCAGGGGCUUUAAGAAGGGAGAGAAUGAGGAAUGUUAGACACGUGAGCACCCUGUGAUAUGUUAGCGGUUUGCAGUGGGGUGUGUUGGUCAGAUAAUGCCGCAGCAGUGAUGUAAUUCCCAGUGCAAUCCCCCGUGGCCGCAUCGCCAAUAUCAAAAGGAUUAAGAUUCUGACGCAUUAUGUACAGCAGGUGGUAUAUUUCAGAAGUCAUUUAGUAAACGUUAUGUAAAUGUGAAAAACAGCAAUCUUUUAACAAAAUGAUUUUAAGUAGUUUUAUAUGUGUGUAUGUGCCCCGCGGUCCCUUCCAGUGUCUCGAUUGUUUUGGGAGACGGAGGCAGGCAGGGUGGAGGACAGGUAUGGUUUAUCUAGACUUGUAAUAAUUGAAGACACCGUUCAAUCAAAAUUAUAAGGUGUAAAAAUAUAUUUUGAAAAAAUGAUUAUUAGCCUCAGCAUUCAUUUCUUUCUUUGAUCAUAUCAAGUUUAUUUUCACAUUUAUCACACGUGUAUUCUUUUCAACAAGUCCAAGCAGGCUUUUUCUUCCUCAGAAAGUGAGCAUGUUUUAAACCUCUAAUUUAACCUUUACUGCAUAUGAUAUAUACGAUUAAGGGACUCUUGGGAUUUUGUUAAAAGUUGAGAAAUUAUUAGCAAAGCCAUUAAUCGUGAUUAGCUUUUAUUCCUACCUAAAAUAAUUUAUAUUUCUGAAAUUCCUUAGUUUAUGUAAGUCUUCAUUAGUCCUAUCACUAAAAGAUAAAGGUCUUUUUAAAGACAGGAGUGUUGUGACCAAAUGAAAUAACACUAGUUAAAUUGCACUUUAUAAAGCAUAUAGUAUUAUAUAAAUUUAUAAUUGCAUAAAUUGCACAUAUUUUCCGCUUUUUAUAAGAGAUUCAGCAUCAGUCUGUUUGAUAAGGAAUGGUGUUUAUCAGGAAGCUAUAGGGUGGCACUUUCUGAAUAAGUUCCCAUCUUUUCAGUAGAACUACUGGUUUUCAGGACACAUUUCCUAAGUUUACAUUACUUAAGAGGUUUUUAAGCCUAGUUUCAGUUUUAUCUAUAAAUUAUUGUGCCCUUGGCAAAAUCUUUAUUUCUGUGCCUCAAUAGUCUUAUCUGUAAAAUGAGCAAACAAGAGGGAAGUGUAGCACUACUAAUCAAGAUUGGUGGCUCACUCAGAGGCACCUCAGAAGAAAGACCUGGUAAUCUGUUUCUGAAAGGUCACAGCCUUGAAAGCACCAUGGAGUGCAGUUCUACUUUGCAACACAUGGGGUCACCAUGAGUAGGAAUUGAUGGCAGCUGGUUAGUGGUUGCUCAUUUGUUUAAUCUUCUCAAUUGUAUAAAGUAGGUAUAUCCUACCUUGCAACAGUUGCAAGGUAGGAUAAGGAAACAAACUCAGAGAUUACGGAAUUUGGCCAAAGGCACAUAGUUUAUAAGUGCCACAACAGGGAUUUGAACCUAGGUUCAUGUAGCACCAAGGCUCAAGCUCACCACAUUGCAAUAUACAGCCUUCUAAGUUGUGAUACUGCUGCUAGGAUAGUUCUAGGUUACCGGAUCUUGUUUUCUACUUGAAAUAACUGAAGGUCUUGUCCUUCAGUGAUAACACUAAUGUCUUUAUUACCAAAUCCACUGCCAGCGAGUCGAUUGCAACUCCUAGCAACCCUACAGGACAGAGUAGAACUGCCUCAUAGGGUUUCCAAGGCUGUAAUCUUUACAGAAGCAGACUGCCACAUCUUUCUGAGGACUGGCAGGUGGUUAGCAGUCGAGUGUUUUAGCCACUGCGUUACCAGAGCUCCUUGUCUUUACUACAGAACCAUUCUUAAAUUAAUUUAUGUUUAAUCUGUAGUGGUUCGCUUUGUGCCUUUCUGGUAAUAGUGUGAAGAAAGUACUGAAGAAUUUUUGUCAUUACGGACAAUGACUUAAUCUGAAAUGCUGCUGAAGUGUUACAACUUGUACCUUUGAAUGGAAUGCUUAGAAAUAUAGUAGCUUAAGAAAAUUUAGGGGCUUAUAAUAGGGAUAAGAAUAUAUAGAACAUUUUGCCUUUAAUAAGUCAUUUUUAAUCUGGUCCAAAUUCAGAACCAAAAGUAGUUAACUCAGCUUUUAAGAGGCUCCAGGCUUCUACACUGAGAACUGUUAUCAGUCAGGGUCCAAUUAGAGAUCUGGUUGCUGCCCACCAGAUGGUGGAGAAGUUUGCAAGGUUGCCCAGACCAGAGCUGUCCACUGUUGCCAGACAAAUAGGAAGCAACCUUCCAAGGUGUAGGCCAGACUUAGCCAGCGAGUCAGGGUACCACUGUAGUGGGAGCCCUGGAGCACGUGGUAUCUGUGUGGGAGACCCAUAGGGAGGGGGUCACCAGGCCAAGCGCGGGCUGCCAUUCUGAGCACAUGGCUGGGGCAAAGCACUACUGGAUGUCUCCAUACCUGCUCACCAACCGUGCAACAGCUAGAACUAGCGACGUCCAUCUGGUGCCUUCUACAGAGAAAGUUUAAUAGCAUACUAGCUAUAAAGGAGUUAUAAAGCUUAACAGAAUCAUUCAUUAUUUUAGAGCAGGUAUUCAAGGGUAAAUUUGGAGCUGAAGGGCAAUAAACUGUUAACUGGCAUAACAGCCCAACCAGACGAAGCUGGGAAGUAAUAUGUAAUCUACUCAUAAUCUGGAAUGAUGCCAAAUGAUAAAACAGUUUAGAAAGAAAGAAUAGUCUAUAUUGGCUCUUCUUUGUGGACAGAAAUCUGUCUAGGCUAGAGGUAAUAUUUUGAAAAUAAAUUACCUGAUUUUCUGGUAAUGUGAAAAGUAAAAUGUUGAAAUGCAUGAUUCAUUUGACAGUCAUAAGUAUCUACUGUUCAUAAGCAUGGAGGAGUCAAAGUUAAUGGCCCCUACCCUCAGUCAGUUUAAACUGAUGGUAAGUGCUAUUCGAGCACCCAAAUGCAAUUCUGUAAGUUUAUAAUCUGUGUGUCUAGGGCCAGAGGUGAUAGAAAGGCUUCGUAGAGAAGGUGACAUUUGACCCGAAUUUUACUCAACUGGUUAUAACUCCUUUAUCUCCUGUUUUCUGUAAUUUCAAUAGGCAAAUAUUUAGUACCCAUAUACAGGAUCAGCAGUUGAUUUUCCGUAGCCUUGUCUCAGUACCUGUAAGUAUCACUACAAUAACUUUAAUUACAACAAAGUUUAGAAACUCUGAGUUGGAACGAGAACUACUCAUAUAGGGAGUUGCAUAGACAGAGAAAGCUUUACACCCAGUACUCUGAAAGAAGAUGUUCUUUGCCAGGUCAUCGUGCCUAGAGAAAGAUUAGAAUAUACUCUCAUUCUUUGCGUAAUUGAAAUGUAAUUCCCUCCUCUUCAAGUCCUACUGUCUUGAAGGUGCCUUCUGCAAAAACAAAAGAACCCCUGGUGGCAUAGUGGUUAAGCGCUAGACAGCUAACCAGAAGGUCGAUGGUUCGAACCCACCAGCUGCUCUACAGAGAAAAGACCUAGUCAUCUGCAUCUGUUAUUGUUGUUCUUAGCUGCUGUCGAGUCCGUUCCAACUCAGCAAUUCCACCAUCCUCAAAAUUGUUGUUAUGCUUGAGUCUGUUGUUACAGCCACUGUGUUAAUCCAUCUCGUUGAGGGUCUUCCUCUUUUUCACUGACCCUUUACCAAGAAUUAUGUCCUUCUCCAGAGACUGCUCCCUCCUGAU